AUGGCCCCUGGAAACAUGACCCAGGUCACUGAGUUCAUCCUCACAGGGGUCUCAGACUGCCCCGAGCUUCAGGUCCCCCUUUUCUUCAUCUUUCUGGACAUCUAUGUAGUGACCGCAGUGGGUAACCUGGGCAUCAUCACCCUCACCAGUGUGGACCCCCGACUGCAGACCCCCAUGUACUUCUUCCUCCGACAUCUGGCUGUCAUCAACUUUGGCAACUCCACCGUCAUCGCCCCGAAAAUGCUGAGCAACUUCUUAGCACAGAAGAAAACCAUCUCCUACUACGCCUGCGCCACCCAGCUGGGGGGCUUCCUGGUUUUCAUUGUAGCUGAGAUCUUCAUGCUGGCCGUGAUGGCCUACGACCGCUACGUGGCCAUCUGCAACCCCCUGCUCUACAUGGUGGUGGUGUCUCGGCGGGUCUGCCUGCUGCUGGUGUCCCUCACCUAUCUCUAUGGCCUUUUCACAGCUGUCCUGGUUUCUUCUUGUGUAUUUUCUGUGUCUUACUGCUCUUCCAAUGUCAUCAACCACUUCUACUGUGACAAUGUUCCUCUUUUAGCAUUGUCCUGCUCUGGUACUGACUUUCCACAAACUGUCGUCUUUAUAUCUGCAGCAACAAAUUUGUUUUUUUCCAUGACUAUAGUUCUACUAUCCUAUUUCAACAUCGUCCUGUCUAUUCUGAGGAUGCCAUCCUCAGAAGGGAGGAAGAAAGCCUUUUCUACUUGUGGGUCGCAUAUGAUGGCUGUCACAGUUUUCUACGGGACAUUGCUGUUCAUGUAUUUGCAGCCCGGGACCAACCACUCCCUGGACACUGAUAAAAUGGCUUCUGUGUUUUACACCCUGGUGAUCCCUAUGCUGAACCCCAUGAUCUACAGCCUGCGCAACAAGGACGUGAAGGCUGCCUUAAAGAGCUUCGUUACCAACCCCUGCCAUUCCUGUAAGCCAAUGUAA